AUGAGGCACAGUCUCGCACUUUGUUUGUGCUCUUGCGCAAUUACUCAUGGCUAUUAUCUGGACGACAGUUGUACUCCAUAUGCGGAUCUCCUUGCCGCGGGAAUGAAAGGUGCUUUCGAUUUUGCCAAUGCUGCAUCUGGUCUCCUCAGUACGCCUAGCACGAGUACGAAUGUCUUACAGGCACAACGGGACCUAACAACAUUUUUGUUCCCAACAACAAUGAAAAAUCCAACAGAUAGAAUGACUGUGUCGGAGAGAUUCUCGUCUGUUCUGGCAUUCGGUGCCACCACCGGCACCCUCGAAGGCACUUUAGAUCCAAUUCUGUCCGUUAAUUUGUAUUUGCUUUUGCCACCAGACAAAAUCAUCUUCUUUUGCGAUGAAGGAGAAAGAUUCGAGUUCGACGUGCGCUGUAACGGCGUCGCUGAUAAAGGUUGGAACUGUGAUAGGCUUAUGGAAACCACUUUUCAAGACGCCGAUGUACCCGGGUUUUUGAAUUGUUUUGAUAAUGAUUCUGAGGAAGAAAUGGACGAUCCAAACCUUCCUAAUGCAUUCACGUUGCAAAUCGAGCAACAAGACAGACCUACCCCAAUUCAGAUAUGUCCCUGGUAUUUACAGAAGUUGCAAAGUGCCAGAUUUAAGACUCUCGAAGACUUGGGAACUUCAGGUGCAAUGGCUCUUUCAGAGAACGAUUUCAACAGGUUGUUAAACAGCUUAAGUCAGUCCUCGACAAGGACUGCAAUGGAUUCACUUGAGUUAAUGGACAUGGUUCUGCUUCAUGAGCUGACACAUGCUAUUUCAAAGCCGACUGGUGAUUUCGACGACGCUGGAUGGCAAAGCGCUGUGGCAAAAAACCCUAAGUGCAUAGACAACGCCGAAAAUUAUGCUUUUUUCGGCCUUGCCGCAAGAAUGAUUUCUCCAAUAGUCCCGGGCGCAAAGCCUAUGCGGCCAAUGAUUGGGGGAAAUAUUCAGAUUAUCCCAGCCGACUCGACCUCCAAGCGAGCUGCCGUCGUAUAUGACAACUCCCUAGCUCUCAAACUAGCCGGGACCGCAAGCAUCUCUGGAGAGUCCGCUAUUUCUAAGAGUUCUAGUAGUCUCUAUUAUAACACACUUUCCACCUUCAGCACAUUACCUUCGUCCCGCAGCCAGAUUUACUCUAGCAAUCUGCUGUCAAGCACCAGCAGUCUAUCAUCCUCGAUGUCAAACGGUGGUCCAGCGCUAAGCUCUAGCUCUAGCAGUGUAGUCGGGACAUCUUACAUGUCUAGCCAGUCCCUCUCGCUGUCUGCAAUCGCGACAUAUACAACUAAUUCUGGGAAUGCAACAUUCACAAUCACAUCUAGCCCUUUCAUUUCUAGCCACGCGAGUUCAAUAGUUUCUGUAAAUGCCACUAAUACCAAUGCUUCUCUGACUGGUACCUUCUCAGCAAGAUCGAGUAUCUUUGGCUUAAGUCAGACGACUUCAAUACUCUCUGUGGCCACAUCCUCCCAUGGAAACACCUCGCUUAUGACUCUCAGCUCGGGCCCGUCGACAUCAAUACAAUCUGCGAGUGCCACCAAUGCGACUACUCCUGAGACUCAUACCUCGCAGACCGGAUGGAAUACUUUCACUUCAAGCAAAAGUGAUCGUAUGAGUUAUACUUCUGUCGAGACGAGUACCUCAACUUCCUCUGUACAGGCGUUGAGCAGCUUGAGUGAUGCCAGCAAUACAACAUCCUCGAUGUCCGUUUCGCUACCAGGUAUUGGUAACUUGCCGUUUCCAACUUCGACCCCAUCCUCGCUCACCGACACUACAACGGGUGCUUUUACUUUCAGUGGUUCAUGGACUGACGUCGAAUCUACCUUAACACCUCAAUCAUUUGUAUUUUUCAGAGUUCCCACAGGAACGAUUACAAGCGCUCCAGCAGAGACGUCUGAAGUAACAUUACUGGGAGAUUUAUUUCUGGCACUACAAGCGAAUCGAAAAUGGCUCACGGAUUCCACAUUGAAAUCCAAAUUUCUUGAUUCUGUGCAAAAGACAAAAGAUGAGACAACAGCCCUGCUCAACGAUCUCAGCGUCAAGCCCGCGGACAUUCCGGAUUGUCACGACACCAAGCGAAAAAGACAUUUGAGACUGUCUGAAAGGCAGCUUAGAGCAAUGCUUCGUCAGAGAAGCAUCAUAGGCAGCAUUGGAAAUAUUGUUAAAGGCGCUGUUCACGAUGUCGGAACGCUUAUCAGCUGUGCAGGUGACGUUGUCCAGAGUUUGCAUGAUGCUGUCAAUAUAGAUACGCCUGAUCUUGGUGAGAUUGAAGACUUGACCGACACUCUGGCAGAAAUCGGCCAAGAUCUACAAUACGAGGGAGAUGACGAUGAGAACACGUCAACAUCCAAGGAAGAACAGUCAAGUGCGACCACCUCCUCUUCAGCAUCCUUGUCCACAUCAUCGUUCUCGUCUUCAAGUAGGUCUUGCUCGACACAAUUUUCAAGUGCGUGUUCUCUGUCAUACUCUGCUUUUGUACCUGCAGGUGCGACAACGAUUACCACAGCCACCUACACCCUCUCGUGUUCAACAGUAACGGGGUGCUCUGCUUCAGCAAUAGGGUCUGCAACAACAGUAACAGCAAGCAGUGUGUUUCCUACGGCCUCACUGAUCGGUGAUUCUUUCGGGAACAUGUCCUGGUUCGAUCAACAACAAGCUAUACUUGCGGCGGUGAUAGCAGACACCACAGACGUGAGAGUUACCUGGAGCCCUAGUGAGACCACAACUUCGUCGAUCUUAAUUUCAAACAGCACCUCUAGUGGCUACAAUACCGUGUCAAUAUUACCAAUCAUAAGCACAAAAUCAGGAAAUCAGACAUACUCGGGGAGUUUCUCGAGCUCAACACCAGGUCAAAGCUCAGUCUUUGUCAUCAGCACACAGUCUGUUGUUCCUGCGAACGAGUCAACAUCGAUAAUAGUAUCCUCGAGCCAAGUUCCUACGACUCUGCCAGUCACCAGCGUAACACCUACAUCGUCGUCGACAGCGACAUUCUCGAGUCAAGCUUCAGUAACUUCACCAAUUACCAGCAUUACACCUACAUCCCAAGAUAGUAACCCAUUUCCUUUCACAACAACACUUGGCAAUGGGCAAGUAGAGGCCUGCCGGACUUCAACUCUCGAGGUGUAUGCAGGUUACUCCGCCAUGUACUGUGCUGGAAGUGUUACCACGCUCUCCCCCGCGACAACAUCAAGUAUCCCAUCCGCAACGCCUACUUGCGAUGUACACGCUUCAGAACAGGUUAUCUUUACGACAUAUGAGCUAUCUGAAGUGGACGUCGAUGUCUCCAUUAUAGACGGUGGUGGCAAUAAACUGUUUGAAAAUUCUUACUCCCCUCUUUGGGGCGUAAUAACAACUGUUCCCAGCUCCGCGACAAAGCUUCCUUACAACAUAACCUUCUCUUUCUUGAUACCUACUGGCAGCAACUGGGAGAAUUCGACUGUGAGCCUGACUGCUGGCAGUGAGGUCUGGAAUUCUGAGAGUGCGCUCGACAUUGGGGGUGAAACGCCGCGACUGCCGUAUUGCCAUGUGGAAGCUUGGAAAACAAGUCCAAAAGGUAACCGAACCUUCGAUUGUUACUGGGCUUGUUAG